AUUUGAAAUCAACUCGAAGCCAUCAAGAAAUUGUCAAGAAAAACACGGUAAUUUCUUAAGUUAUAUCGAGAAUCUUAGCCUAAUUUUCACAGAGACGUUAGAUAAAUUAUUUAACUUUUGAUGCAAAGUAUUUUUUUGCAGAUUGAAGCGAUUUUGGUCGUAUAUUUGUUCUUUUAAAUGUUGCGUUAUUUUCAGUUAUCGGACCGCAAUGCAGAUCAUUUCGUGACCAAGAUGCGUCAGACCAAAUACAUCUAACGCACUCUUUCGGCGAAAUGGACAUUUCAUCGAAUACAAUUCUAUCAUCACUUAGAAAAGUUAUCUCACAAAUAGAGACAAUUUAGAAGAUUGGAAAUCGUAAAUGCUCUGCUCGGAUACGAACAAAAUUACAACCUUAUUUUCGCCGAUUGGCAGAGCUACUGAUUCCCGAUUGAGAAUAUUGGCGAUGUGGCAAAUUUUUUAGACAGUAGAUUUUCUGUGAGUCGCAAGUAAUAUUCCUAUUUUCGAUAAUGAUGUUUAAUUUGUCAUCUUAAUGGGCUCCGAGCUUGGAAACAAUUCUGGGCUCUGCCGUAAAUUCUUUUGAAACCGAAAGAGAGAGACCAGAAUGCAUGUUCCAACUUUCCGUUACUGGAAUAAAUUUCGGGCUUGAAAAUUAUGCGCUUCGUUUGUAAAGAAUUCAAGUCGCACAACAAUACAAGGAAUUUCAAGCUCGCUUGUCCUUUAAUUGCUGCCCUUUGUAGAUAUAUCGAGGUUUCGUUUGGAUUUCGUGUCUUAGUUUGUUUCCCAUGCUUUCGUCUGCUGUCACCUGAGGUCCUUUACGGCCCCUCCGCUAAUUACGGUCAGACUUCCAAACGCAAUCGAUAAACAUUUAUACUUAAUGUUGAUAGUGGUUAAUACAAAACGAUUAAAAAUUUUCUAUGUUUUUAACCUUCGGCUUUCAAAUAGCUAGAAAACAGUCUAAGAACUAAACACUUUUCAGGCCAGAAAUGUUGGCCAAAUGUCGAACCCAAUGCUUACCUGUCAUGAUAAAAUCUAGAAAAUAUUACUGAACCGCGGAACUGUGUUCUAUAUCAGUUCCAAACCAUCUUCACAAGUACAACUAAACCAAAUGCUACCAUUGCACUUAAAUUGCACAUACCUAAUAAAAGACUUAGGGUAAUUAAUCUACACUAAAAAACUACGCCAAAAUUAAGCUUAGGCUCUUUACAGUACGUGAAAUCACUUCGUUGGUCGAGAUCCACUCUACAGGCUCGUCAACUGAUAUAAAAGAGAUCGGGUGCAAGAGAAAGCUUGUAGACACGUGUACUUGAACCCUAUACUUUGGGAUCAUAUUCUAAAUUUGUCAGUAGCCUGCAUAGCUGGCUUUUUUGUAGGUGUGAUUUCUGCCGUUUGUUUUUUCUGAUAUUCGAUAAAAUGAAGGCGACGGAUCCUUAGUAGAGCCGCUAGCAAACACUCAUGGAUCUCGCUGCGGAAAAUUCUCACGAAUUCUGUCAGCUAUGCAGCCCGUUUUAAUAAAGCUCGUGGAAAAUCAUGGCACUUAGGAGCUGUAAAAUUAAAUGAAAAUAACAUUGUUAUAUUUAGAAUGUCUGAACCGUUUGGUCCUCAGUUCAAAGGUAAGCAGACUUCAAGAAAAUGAGAAAAAACAUAAAGCAACUAGGCUUUACAAAAGAUUAGUGGUCGAAACUUCCGUGCUAUUUAUCAUCGCUCUAGAGAGAAAAAAUCUUGUGAAUAGAAUUAAAUACAAGCCAAGGCCUGUUUUAUUAAAAAAAAUGAUUUUCAGUUCUGUUUCGACGAGAAUAAUUCUGUUUCACAAUCGUAUUGCAUCUCUCGCUUUGGCGAAAUUAUUCAGUGCCUGGCGAGGCUUAUGAUUUAAGUUCCAUUGCAGAGAUUUUAGCCCUAGUUUUUCUACGAUUUGGAUUCAAAGUUUGUCUAUCGAUGUUCAUAAAUUAUAUUUCUUGUCGACAUUUCUGCGUGUAUGGAAAUAUAUGUUCAGCUAAUUCUGCUGGCAGGUAUGAUAUUUAUACUCGCACUUUAACCGAUGAUGCCGGCUUUUUCUGACGGUCUUGUUGUUGGUAAAGUUUAUCAGCGAUAGAGAAGCGUAUCCGGAUCUUUGAAGGAAAAAAUUCAAAAAUGCCUUGCCUCAGUUGAAUUAACUCUUCCGCUGUCACUGUGUUGUCAAUGAAGUGAAUUUAUUAGCUUGUGGCGGUUGAAUCAUGGCUUCGUGGCCGCUACGGUUCGUGUAGCUCUCUUAUAGAAAUUUAAAUCGCUGUUAACCGUCAUACCUUAGAAGUAUGGCUAGGUCGUGUUAAAGAGACUGAUGGUGUCGCUUCCUAUGUUGAAGAAUUUUUUCUUGUCUUAUGAAGGAAGUGGAAGACAUAAUUUCGACGGAAGAUGUUACGGUCCGUGAAGAUCCAAGAUCUAAACUCUCACAUUGUAUGCGUGUUAUGUGGUGGAUAUUUAGUGGAUGCUACAACUAUUGUUGAGUGCCUGCAUUCUUGUAAGUAAAACGGUAGUACAUGGUAAAAAGUAUAGUAGCAAAUUUUAAAAUGGCAAAUUCUCGCUAAGAACCUAAAAUGGAUAAUUUUACUCCGAUUCUAGACUUAGGGCUGUUUGAAACCCUUCCUCUAAUCUUCGCAACAAUUUAAGCCAAUUUUAAAAGUUUCUCUCAUCCUUUCCCUAAUUCACUUCGCCAGUAUGAGGUUACCUUAGAUUUUCAGGUAUUCGAAGACCUGUGCCUAUCGAUAGCAGUUUGUUUGCAAAAUAUGAUAAAAAUUCCUGCUACAAGGAAGUCUUACAGGAACACGGAACUUGAAGCUCCAUUGAAUAAAUUGACUCUACGUUGGCAGAUGAUAAUCAUCGGAAUUUUUUGAUUAGCGAAUAUCUGUCAGAAUUGCUUCAUCAGAGAGUUUUUUUUUUUUUUUUCAUCUUCUCGUGGUGCUGCCGAAAGCUAGCAUUGGACGGUACUGAACUCGAAGGGAAAAGUUUUACAGGUCUAAAACCACAUUUGGCUUCGGUUUUAUUCCGGCUUAGUAUGAUAGCCUAAUCGGAUUGCGGGAUGGUAAUCUUCUACAAAAACACUAACACUUCACCAUAAAUACUCGUUUAAAUUUGCGUUAUGUGUUUAAAGGAACAUUUGGUAGCCCAAAUUGAUAAAAACAAUCGAGCCAAACUAAGUUAUUUGGCUGAAACGGUUCGCAGCCGAACUAAGUCUGGUUGUUUCAGUUAUAUUUGUUUAUCUGUUUAUUUAUUUUUUUUUUUUUCAGUUUGUCGCAGCUGCAUUGUAAAAUAUCUCCAAGCAUCUUAUCACUGUCCUGUUUGUGAUGUUGAAGUCCACAAGACUAAACCACUACUAAAUAUCAGGUUAGCAUCAAGGUAUUGUAAACUUCAUAAAGCGCUGUUCAUUCCUAGUGAGUUUAGAUUGUACCGAAAAUCUAUCUAAAAGUAGGGAAAUCCUAGGGUUAAGAGUGAUGAUGAAUACCAUUAUUUCCGGAAAACCUGCAAGUUGCGAAAGGAACAAACAAGAAUCGUUUUGCUGGUCAAAUAAAAAAGCAGUUAUAAGAUGCGUUUAGUUCUUCAUCGAUGUAGAUCGACAGACGAACGUUCGAAACUUCAGCUUCAGAAACUCUUUAUCAAAUUUUCUAUUUAAAAUGUAGCUUAACUCACUGGUUGCUGUUUUAAGCCUCUAUUUCAGUUUCGUUGCGCGGUUAAAAUGAAAGAACUUCAGAUAUUCUCGUCUAGAAUUCCCUAAACUGCGCGCCGAGAAGGAAAAGUUGACAUGUUUGGCUGCACCUCGUGGCUUAUAAGCUUUUCUCGUGUUCCCAACAUCUCGCGUGGUUCAUAUACGCCGGCAAACCGAUACAAAUUGUGGUUUAUUGCUCCUCACCGACGCAGCACGACAAUUUGAAAAACUUACCCCUUUAUUCAUUAAGAUAAUGAUCUGAGAGAUCGGGAAUAGAACAAGACUAAUUAAGCCAUAAGACAAUAAAAGCUUAGCUUAAUUGUAUUUGAAAAGAUAACAUGAAGCUCGUUAAAAAAAAAAAAAAGAUGACAAUAGCUGAGACGUCAAACUUGGCUGAGUUGAAUUAUAAGUAAUUUUAGUCUAGAAGGGUUAAAACCUGUUAAAUAACAAAUCUUCUCCGUUUGGACCAAAAAUCAUUCAGUGAUUUUUUUUUUUUUUCAGGCCAGACCGAACUCUCCAAGAAAUUGUCUUUAAACUCGUUCCUGGGCUGUAUCAAGGUAAUGUAACAUUGUCGUGACUUUUCUAUUAUUCACAACCAACAAAAUUAUUUUGAACUAUACAGCAAAGGUUGUAGAAGCAACAAGUGACAAAGGAACUACAGUUGGAAAGGAAUUCAUGCACUAUGUCAAAUAACAAGGAAAUUUCAGGGCAAAGUUCAUGAGAUCCAAUCCUUUUGCGCUAUGAUUAUACAUUUGAUGAUUUUUACGUAGGGCAAAAGUUUUUCAAUGAGACGGUUCCGGUGAUUCUGAUAGACACGGAUGGACUCCAGUGGAUUUCGAUUGACUCAGUCGGAUUCUAUCCGACAAAUGAAUUCCGUCGGAAUCCAUCGAACAAUAUUUCUGCCUUCUCUGAUGUUCAUCUGACUUCCGAUACUCUUUCGCGUCAUGACUUCCGGUUAUCUCACUUCCGUCGGAAGGUGUCAGGAAUAGAAUUUUGCCUAUUCAAUUGAAAAAAAAAAGUUUUCCAUCGGAAUCUCUUGGUUUGAAUUGGACAUAUAUGACGGUUUUCGUUUAUUUUCCCCAUCGUAUGUUACAGAUUCAGGAUUGGGACUCGGCAGCUUUUUCUACGACAUGCUUGCAAAGUAUGUCGACAGCAGUUAACGUCUCACAUGAAUUAUCUUUGAAAAGUAGUCAGUAGUACUUCAUAUAUGUAUUAUUGACUUUAUCACGUCUGGCAAAGACAAAUCCCUGGCCGGUCAGUUCAGCCGGCCAUCGCAACGCCCGAGAAGUGUUAAGCUUUCUGUCAAGUAGCGAAGACCUUCUCAUCAUUAGAAAAAUUCUUGUUGCUUUGUUUAAAUUCUGCUCUGAAUUUUUCUAGCUGAGCUCAAGCUUAGAAAUGAAUUCGAAGAAAAGCAACGAGAAGAGAACAAGCCGCCAGGUAAUAUUUACUGAUAUAAAUGAUUUAAAUACCUUUACACCUAGUCGUCUUCGCUCAAAAUUAAACCGAGAGAGUGCUUCAGGCUGAGGAAACAUUUAUCUCGAUGUGACAGUUAAUUAACAGCUAAUCACCGAAUCGAAGCCACGGUGGCUAGUGGUGGAUAUCUGGGAGUUUAAGAAACGACGACGGCGACGUUGAGGACAAAAAAUGAACUUAUAUUUUACCUACGAAUCUCGUGAUGCUCUAAAGUCAUUUAGUUUGUUUCUCACUGUCAAAACUAUCUCGAAACUUUGUUCUCAACGUGACGACGCUGAGGACAAAAAUGAACUUAUAUUUUACCUAAGAAUCUCGCGAUACUCUAAAGUUAUUUAGUUUGUUUCUCGCCGUCAAAACUAUCUCGAAACUGAAUAUGGAACACGGCGUUAAAUUAGCAAUAGAAAUUUUAAAAAAAUUAUCCGUCGUCCUUCACGUUUUCCACACAACGCAAAGUUUGGUCAUUUCACGUUGUUGUUUUGCAGAGGACGCAUAGAAAUUUACAAAGAUUUAUAAUGCACGCGCGCAGCCAUUGUUCUGCUUCUAAACGCUUUUUUUUUUUAUUGACGUUCACGUUGCCGUUGCCAUCAUGGUUUUCUUAAGCUCCCGAUUUACUAAGCCGCGUUAUGAAGCGGUCGGGUAGAUACCCACCUCUAGCCGCCGAUGCUGAUGUGAAAAGUUGUUUUAUUAUAUACUGAAACAGUGAGAUAAUAUAAAACAAAAAAGAUGCACUUGCACAAUGGGCUCAUGCAAUUUUGUUGUCUUUGAAAAAUUUUAACGCCAAAUUGCACUCGAAAUUACGUUUUUACCCAUAUUUAUUAGCGAAUUCAGCUUUAGCGUGGAAGUGAGUAAACGGUUAGACGGCGUGCACGCUUUUCUUCCCUUGUUUAGAGGAAAACGAGGCCGUGAAUGAAGUCACGGAGAAAAAAGAGAUUGAAAUGGAUGAUCCAGUUUUCAUCACUCUGGAAUACUACAGGUAAGGCUUACAGACAAAAGCUGCUUUGUUUCACGGUGGCUCGUGUUGGAUUGCUGUAAGUCAAACAAUACACGUUAAACAAUUUUCAUUUUGGAUCCUCUUUCUCUCUGUACAGGAGCAAGAGAAACUGGUCGGAAAAUCAGGUAUGGUGGACAGUGGGAAAUUCGAAACGGAGCUUAUUUUCAUCUUUUCAUCAUCUCGUUGGGACGAAAUGUGGUAGGGAAGGAUAUUUGGACAUUCCUUGCUGAACUCGUGGCACUAGUAGUGUUGAAUUUCGAAAGCCUUUCUUCUGAUAUGCUGCUGCUUUACUGCUAUAACGUCUUCUGUCGCAAGUUUUACGGCAUCUAGUAAAUCACCGCACACUUUAUGCCUCUGUGUACGCUUGUGUGAACACAACGGUCGAACGUCGGGCAUGCGCGAAGAGAUCAACCUGGUCAGCCAAUUUCGAAGGAAAGCAUUAGAAACAACCGCUGUCUCGCAAAAAAAGAUUACAGCUCGCAACUUAGUUCACAUAUGCGCGAAGACUGACCGCUGUUUUAUCUCACAUCAAAAGAGGACAGAUUGUUGUUCCUAAUUAAAACCACACAACUGUCAUGUGACUUUUUUUUCUAGAUUUUUCCUCCUCGUUAUCUACGAUGCCCUUCUGCGGUGACUGUUGAUGUGCUGAAAAAAUUCUUUGUAGCCAAGUUCGCCAUACCUAACACGCAUCAGGUUAAUAGUUAUUUUGCUGUUGAUUCAUUGCUUUCUUAAGUCAGAGACAAGGGGUCCAGCAAUCGAGAUCGACAGGUUCUGUGAAUCGUGUCCUAGAUCACUGCAUUGUGAUCUUGGAUAAGACACCAUAUACGUUUAACUCUUAAGACGCCUCUUUCCACAAAAGGCCGGCAGCGGUGUCCAUGGAUACCAGAAACCAUCCAAGAAAAUUUACGAAUUGCUGAUGGAGGGGGGAAAGAAGGCGAAGGCAUUUCAGGGGUUUCAUAAGCUUUUUUCUUAAACGGCUGUCGAUGGUGUAAUUGGCGGAAGUGGGGUUAUAAAGCCCCUUCCGAGGGGGUUAGGUGUGGAGGCAUGUUCCCCGGGAAAUAUUUGAAAUCCAGAAGUUCGAAAAUGUAAUUUCCAGCAUUCUGGGCAUGAAAAAAAAGUGCUUACGAGCUAAAAAGACGGUCCAAGAGGUCUUUUAGGCGGAGAUAGACCGCCGAUAACCACCUUUUAUUGAAGCCCCCGGUAACUUGCGGUACGCGAAAAUCUAGUAUAGGGUUAUUUUACUAUGGCGAUGGUCCUUGUUGCAUCAUGCUGAGAAAAUAGGGAUGAUUGUCAACUGUAAUGAGCCAUUACGCUCUUAGGAGUUGAGUCCGUUUGAGUUGAGUCAAUUUGUGGGUCGGUAUUUCCGAAAGCGCAGUUCAAAUGAAUGAUUUAUAUCAUUAAAAAGAACGAGCUCGUAUGACGUCAAGAUUGAACAACAGUAAACGGCUUGAUCGAAGAUUGAAAAAAGAAAACAGGAAAAUAAAUUUCGAUCACUUUGACAUCAUGGGAGAAGAGCUGAUAUUUUUACAGUGUGCGUUUAAAUCAUUCCCAUAAAAUUGUAGUCCAGAAAUACUUAUUACUUAUCUGAAUUUUUGUUGUUUUUGUUCUCAUUUUGCAUCCAAGGUUGAAAUGAUCCGUAGUGAUGAAAUAUUAGACGAUCAUCUGACCAUGAGAGAAGUUUCCCGGAUGUACGGGCUAUACGCUAAGGUAGGUUUGCCAGUUUUUAACUUUGUUGUUGGGCAAAGAUUUGUAAUGGAAAUAGAUAGAAAAUUAAUUUAUAAGACUUACGAAAACAACGGAAAAUAAAUGUUAUCCACUUUAACCUGAUGAAAUUGUUCUUAAGGCUGGCAUCGAAACUUCGUUGCUUGUCAAAAUUUUUAGCAAAGACAGUUGUAGAUUUUUCAAUUUUUAUACAAGACUGACUGACUGACUGACUAUCACUUUACACCCUACCACGAGUCUGCACAUUCUCCAUACUGAUCUCUAUACAUUUCCUAAGGUGCUGACGAGGAGAAUUCGUUUAACAAUCAAGAGCCUCUUUAGUUGGUGAUCAUUUUUUUUAUUCUCGUGAGUAACUGAGGGGUCAUUUUGUAAGGAGAAAUUAGAUGCUAAUUACUUUCUAAUUAGGUAAUUUAGGGUAGAGUUGAAAACGUAAAUUGGCCACCGUAAAGGGUAAAAAAGCUGACGUUUCGAGCGUUAGCCCCUCGUCAGAGCUUACUCUCAGUAAUCAGAGGGCUAAGAAAUUUUUGUUAUACUUUUCCUCAGUCCUUUCUUGAUCUAGAGUAUGCUAUCCUGGAACACUCGACAACAGGAGAACCCUCUAUACCAAACAGAGUAAAAUUAGACAUCUCUCCAUGGAAAAAGAUCAAGAUUAAGAAGACGAAAAAGGGAAAUAAGAAACUGAAAGAAAUGACGGAAAGAGAACUCUUACCAAGAAACGAAACUGUUACUGAAUCGAAAAGCAAAGUACCAAGUUUACAAAAUAGUGUCGAUGGACUCUUUUUGCAAAAUGGAAAAAUACCAACCUUUCCCUAUGCACCCCCGAAUGUUGAUGACAUGCCAGCCUUGAAACAGAUAAAUGCGCCCGUAUGACGUCACACGAGGAGCACGUGAUCACUGCGUGUCAUGAAUCGACAGAUCGGUACGCACGAGGGUACACGUCCCUGCAACUAGUUUCCGACAACUUCCCCGUUAAUUCAAGGAGUUCAAGGAGUGUUCCAAGCGUUUAGUUUGUACACGGGGUGCGUCAGCUCAGUGAGAUGAAAAUAAAGGCGACGAGGAAGGAACACCAGAAAGGCUUUUUUUUAAAAAAAAACAGGAUCACAAGCGUCUUCUUAUAUUCCCCUCUUGUAUUUCUUUAUUAUCGCUCUCUAUUUUCUGCCGUAAUUAUUGUGUCCUAACUAAAUAAAAUCGUGAUACUGGUAAAGAGUUCUGAAAAAAUCCCAUCGUUUCGGCUAAGAAGUCUAGCCUUUACCAGGGGAUAGUGAUAAAGAAAAAUUUUCUAAAAGCACAUAGUAUAUGGAGAAAUGAAAAUUUGAACAAUUUCUACCAGUCAAGUCUUAUCCUUUAGCGCUUAAGUCAAAUACUCGUGUGGCAAAUAAAUGCCAUCGUCUUGAUUGCCCUGCUUACAAACCGCGUAGAACAUAAUAUUUAAGAUUUUCUUGUUCCUUCGUAUGAACUGUCCAAGAGAACUUGUCAUCAUGACUAGUUACAAGGGUUUGAUUUUUCUUUGGUGGCUUCCUCGUGGAAGAAAAAUAUCCUGAGCUUCCUUUCAUUUAGUAGACGGCAGGGUUUGGGUUUGAGUUGGCAAGUCUUUGUCGGAUAAUUUAAGUUAAGAGAAUCUCAACAGCUAACCGCACCAGAAAGACAUCUAGAGGGAGCCGAGUAAAAAUGUUUCGGAGGGUCAUGUUACUCGAAGGCAGUUAGCGCCAAUCCAGGGUUUAAAAUUAUACUAGUAUUCGCUUUUUUUGUCAUAAAAGCGUCAGGAGCCGGCUCCCUGAGCAGCGUUUAUUGUAUUACAAUCGAACUUCGAUUUUCUGGACUCGUGGGAACUGUGCUGAAUAGUCCGGAUGAUCAAAAAUAUGAAUAUCAAUGAGCCAAAACUAAAAAUGAAUACGUAUCAUAUCGAUCAUUGUACAUCAUUGUUGACAUUUGCCAAAAGUAACCUGGUAUUUAUUAAAAAU